AGCUUCCGGCUGUGGACCACAGAGCCCGAAGAGAUAAACCAAAACCAAUCGCAGAGCGAGAGCAGCAAGCAAAUAUCUUUCCUCUGUAUUCACUCCACUGGAACACAAUACAGAACACUCGCAGAGGCCAGCUUAGAAUACUUAGAUGGGCACACUCUCAACCAUUACGUGCUUCUGCACCAGAACCUCGUUUCCGAGAUCAGCUCCACUACCAUUUUUUAAGAGAAACCCACCAACUGUCUCAUUGUUUAGAGCUACCUCUCAGCCAGUAAGAGAAAUUGCAGAAGAGGAUGUUUUGACAAUCUUCCUUAAGGAAAGGGAAAUAAAUGGAGACUUUGUAUCCAAAGCUUCUGAUAUGUUUUGGCUGAAGGGGGUAGAGAAAUUUGUUGAUUUUGAUACUGGUAAACUUGCUGACAAUCCUCGAGAAGCAGAGCAGGUUAUGGAAAGUGAUGAUGACAGAGGGUUUUUGAAACUUUCCAAAACCCAGGAAUGGAUAUUAGGUGAUGACUCUGCUCCAAUGAAUAAGAAAGCCAUUGCUAAGGCAAUACAGAAUGAUAGUGAAAGAAGGAAGAAACUGAAUCUGCUCAGAUAUGAAGCUCUCAAAAGGGAAUUGAUGCUUUUGUCUGUUGCUAUUGGAACAGCUUGUAGUGGGUAUUGUUUGAUUGCUUUAUCAGUCCAGGCUGCUAUCAGUUAUGUAAUUGGGGUACUUUUCAGUUGCUUGUACCUUCAACUAUUGUACCAACAUGCGGACAACCUAUCCAAAGAUAUGAUUCCUCCAAUCUUCAGGCAAAAGAAGCCUAAGAAAAUUGGGAUAAGAAGUGAGGAUCUGAGGGACUCAUUAGAGAGAUCAAUUACGGGAAGUAGUAUUGCUCUUUCGUCUCCAAGGCUUUUGAUCCCAGCUGCAAUUUAUGGAUUGUGGUUCCUGUCUCAUCAGUUUUUUGGCAAUGAUGUUUUUGAUUUUCAGCUUGUCCCAGCCAUGUUUGGGAUGUUUGUGUACAAAGCUGCUGCUCUUGUUCAAUUAUAUAGGGAUAAUGAAGACCUGCAAUUUGUCUUCCCAGAAGAAGUGGAAGGUUCAAGUGACUGAGGUGUAUUGAAUGCUUAUAUCAUCAAAGGAGUGUAAACACUGCCCUUACUUUUAAAUCAUUCCGUUGAAGAAUUGGAUGCUUCUAUCACACUUACUUUGGUGUGUCUACCGCAAAUUCAUUAAAAAGAUCCCAGCAUAAAACCCAUCCAUACGCCAAGUCGCUUGAUGCAGAAGUACAUGGCCCAUAGAGAAGUUACAAGUGUUUCUGUUUGAAACUGAUAAUUCUACAAACUACCUGGCUGCUCCUACGCCAGCAUGUUAGCAUGACAAGUGAAAGUUCUUAUAUAAAUGUCUUUAAGCUCCCCAUACCUCUUGUAAUGAGGUAAUUGCCAUGAAAAGAGUUAUGAUGUUGGGAGAUAUUCAAUUUUUCUAAUUUUGGGAUUAUUUCUCAAUUUGUUUUAUAUGACUUUUUCUGAUGUAAUAAGUGCACAAAUUCAGGUCAUUUGUCAUCUAAUUAUACUGUCCUUUUUUGUCCGUA